CGAGGCUCUGAAUACGAUAGUUUAGUCCUGGUGGUCACAAGAGGAAGAAGAGGAGACCACGGCAGCAACAUUGGAACCUCAAGAUGGCAGCGGCUGAGCGGCACAUGAUGACCUCUUGACAGCUGACACGCCUGACCUCGGGCCCUGACAGCUGACCAGACACAGUUCAACCAACCCACCAUCACCACCAGCAGACCCCAUCAACCAACCCACCACUGUACCACCACCACCACCACCGCCACCACCACAGCGAUGGAGCCCCAGAUGCUACAGGGACUCUGGGCUCCUGACAACCAGCAACAGCAUAGCCGGGCACUCGAGUACCUCCAGCGCCUACGGGAGAGUGCCGACGGGUGGCAGAUAUGCGCGGCGACACUCACCAAUGGCGGCAUCUCCCUCGACGAAAAGAUUAAGUUUGUGAGCCUGCAGGUUAUGGAGCACUAUGCCAGAACGCGGUACAUAGCGGCACUCCAAGAUGAACAGGCUCUCCUACGUCAACACCUCUCGCAGUGGAUGACGGCACUCUGCAUGGCACCUGAGCCGGAGAAGGUCUUCAUCCAGAACAAGACGGCCCAGCUAAUGGCCCUGGUGUUUGUGGUGGACUACCCCGAGCGCUGGCCAACGUUCAUGGCUGACGUGCUCUCGACAUUGCGUACUGGACCCAACGCUGUCGACUUGUACCUCAGACUGCUCCUGGCCAUUGACACAGAGGUGGUGGACCGUGAGAUCAUCCACUCCCAGGCGGAGAGUGAUCGGAACAACUGUAUUAAGGACACCAUGCGAGAACACUGUGUCCUCGACCUGACCAACAGCUGGUACGACAUCCUGGUCAAGUACGAGAGGACCCAUCCCAGCUUGGUGUGCCAGUGCCAUGAUGUCAUCGGUGCCUACAUAUGCUGGAUCGACAUCUCCCUCAUAGCCAACGACAGGUAUGUAUGCAAGCUUGUGGACCACCUUAAGGAACCGCUGUUACGCGAGGCAUCAGCUGACUGCAUCCACGAGAUCAUUACCAAGGGCAUGGAUCCGCUCGCCAAGACCCAGCUCGAUUAUUAUCAUUGUUUAUUUAUUUAUUUAUUUAUUUUCUCUCAGGACGAUGACUCGGACUUCCUCGUCAAAUUGGCUCGGCUCAUCAAUGGGAUCGGAGUCCAGCUGAUCUUGGCCUGGCAGAAGCUGAACAAGAAGGAGGUGGAGAAGAAGAAGAUGAUCCGCCUGGCCGUGGAGAACAAGGUCACCCUCCUCCUGACCUUCAUGGCCAGCGAUUACGAUGACAUCUCCGCAGCUGUCUUUGAUUUUGCCCGAGACUACAUCCAGCUGAUCAAGCAGAGUGGCAUGCUCAGCGAGGUGGAGCGCGGCCACCUGGAGAACAUGCUGUACGUGGUCAUCACCAAAACCAAGUACGACGAGUCCUACAACUUUGAGCAGGCCGGUGAGGACGAGGCCAUCUUUGACGACUACAGGAAGAGGCUCAAGGUGGUGUUCGAUAACCUGGCCGCCCUGAUCCCGGAGCUGGUCCUCAAGGUGACCAAGGAGUACGUGGUGACCACCCUGAACCGCUGGCAGGCCUCAGCGUAUGAGGAUGUGGAGGCCGCCGUGUGUCUGCUGUACAACCUUGGCGAGGCACUGCCGGCCUCACACGGCAACCACUUCUCAGGGCCCACGCAAGGCUCUGACCCAGCCUCCCUGCAGGUGUCACAGGUGAAGACGUCCACCAUGCAGGAGAUGAUGCGGCUGCUGGUCUCGUCCGGGGUCUCGGCACACACCCACCCAGCGGUCUGCCUGCAGUUCUUUGAGUGUGUGGCGCGCUAUGAAAAGUUCUUUGCCUGCGAGCCACAGUUCAUACCAGGCAUACUCACGGCAUUCCUCGACGCCAGGGGCAUGAGGAACCCCAAUCCCAGGGUACGCAGCCGGACCAGUUACCUUUUCUCGCGCAUCGUCCGCUGCCUCAAGAGUCACAUCGUGGCCUACACUGAGCAAGUCCUGACUGAGCUGGCACCCCUCCUGGCCCUGGCACCCCCUCACCCUGGUACGGGCGGAGGUGGCGGCGGAGGCGGAAGCACCCUAAUCAUCAACACCAACAACACUACAAAUGGUGGCUGUGGCGGUGGCGGAGGCGGCUUGCUCACGGCGGAUGACCAGCUCUAUGUUUUCGAGGCGGCGGCCAUGUUGGUAGUGGCGGGCAACUCUGGGCCUCAUGAGAAGGAGAUCUUGAUGAGGAAUAUUCUGACGCCAAUCUUCUCGGAGGUCACAAGGCUGGCAGAAAGUCUGGCCCAGGAGCGUGACCCCAUUAUGCAGGUCGCUAUCGCCAAGAGCAUCUGCCACGCCACGGCUGUCACGGCGCGCACCUCCAAGGCUUUCUCCAACCAGAACACCAUCCAGGCCUGUGGGUGUGUGCAGCUGUAUCUUCACGCCCUGCAGCUAUUCAUAAACUGCCUCAAUGUCGGCGUGGAGCGAGAGGUCGUCGGGUCAGGGGUGCGUCAGCUAAUGCAUCGCCUAGUGGUGUGUCUCGAUGGUGCCAGUCUGCUGCCUCUCCUGCCGCCAGCGUCUCAGGCACUGCUCCACACGCCCUCCACCAAUGCCCUCACGGAAUACCUACCGCUCAUCAACCAGGCCAUUACCAAGUUCCAGAAGGACAUCGGGCCGUUCCUGCAGACAGUGUUCGUGCCCCUGGUGUCGGCCAUCUUCGCGGCCCUCUCGGAGCCUCUGGAGGAGAAUGAGGAGGAAGAGAAGAGGACCCGGCGCCUCCUGCAGCGUGGGUACUACCUCUUCCUCACCACCAUCGUGUCCAACAACCUUCUGGACACCCUGGCGGCACUAGACUCAACCACGCUGCAUCAGGUGUUGAUGUCUGUGGUGCAAGGUGCGGUGGAGUUUCCCGACCCCGUGGCGCAGAAGAACUGUUUUGUCAUCCUGCGUUGGCUGACCGAGGCUUGGGGUGAGAAGGACCUGGGACCGCCCGGCUUCGUGGAGUUCCUAUACACACAGGUCGUUCCAGCGUGCUUCCUGGCGCCUCUGAAGACGACCUUUGACCUCAACGAUGCGCAGACCAUCCUGGCGCUGCACGAGUCCGCCACGUGUCUCCAGUCCGUGUACAAGCGUCGGGGGGAAGAGCUACUCUCAUACCUCCGAUCCGAGUACUUCCCGAAGAUGGAACUGUCGCCAGAGAUGACCGGACAGUACUGCCAUGCGCUGACCUCCGACGCAAAGUUCUUCAGGAAUUUUAGCAAGACCUUCUUUCAGCGGGCGAAGUUGUGAGGUCCCGAUGCUGGAAAGACCCCCCAAAACUGACCCCUAGGCAAGGUUGGUAAGGAGUUCCAGUGGGCUAGUGUAAGGUCCCGAUGCUAGCAAGACCCUGAAAUGACUGACCCCUAGGCAAGGCUCGUAAGGGAUUCCAGUGGGCUAAAGUGUGAGGUUCCGAUGCUAGCAAGACCCUGAAAUGACUGACCCCUAAGCAAGGUUCGUAAGGGAUUCCAGUGGGCUAAAGUGUGAGGUCUUGAUGCUGGAAAGACCCUGAAAUGACCAAUAAACCUAGAGACCCCAGACCCCUGAGACUUAUGCAAGACCAUUUUCAAGUGGGCUAAAUUGUGACGUCUUGAUUCUGGCAAAGCUGUGUGGUCUUGAUCCUGAAAAGACCCUGAAAUAACAGACCCCAGAGACUUCAGCAAUACCUCCUUUCAGUGGGCUAAAUUGUAAGGCCUCGGUGCUGGCAAGACCCUGAAGUACAGACCCCAGAGACUUCAGCAAGACCUUAGCUGCUAGAAUGACCCCAAACUGACUGACUGACCCCUCCAAUCCCACCUCUCGGAAGCAUGUGAACAGUCCGAGCUUUGUUGGGUCCAUGGAGGGUCCGGACCAGAACUAGUCAUAUCUGCCAGCACCCUAAAGCGAGGUGUGGCACCCUGCAUGAAUGACCGGCACUGGAGGGCCGCGCGGUGCUUCCAGUGUACGCUCGUAAGGAAAAACCAAUUUGUUCUUCUCUAAAACUCCCGACUUUAUGAAUUGGUUUGUGAGCGAGUGAGGUCUUGUGUCAUAACCUGGUUCUGUCGCCCUGAACCCUUGGCGACAGUUUCGAGCGUGCGAUCGUAAGCGUAAAUAUAAAUUCGCCCUUCCCUGUGUGUUCGAGAAAGGCCGUGCGUCAUUGUGGUGCUUUAUGACCCUUCCUGUGGCGACUAUAUGUAUGGCAGUGCGGUCGGUCAGUCAUGUGGGGUGCAUUUAACUGUGAUAGGCAGAUAUGGUUAGUCUGCUGCUCAAAUUACGGCGCUGACGACCCACGGAAGACUCGUAAUCUAACAGUAUGGCAGAGUGUCGGUGGACGUCGUAACUAUCGUAUGUAUUUUAAGGCUUGUGUCGACGCACCAGCUGUUUGAAACGUGCCUAUUACCUGUAUGUACUCCGCACCUCCCUCCCCCUUUCCUCCCUUGUAAUGGCCGGGUCAAACCAUCCCUCCCUUCCUCCCUUUCCACCCUUGUAAUGGCUGGGUCAAACCAUCCCUCCCUCCCACCCUUGUAAUGGCCGGGUCGAACCAUUUCAGAUAGUCCAUUGAGGCGUUGGUUUCCACAGGUCUUUUCCUCUCCUCUGCUCCGCCACACAAUCCCUUCCUCUCCUACUUUUCCUACUACUAUUACUACUGCUAUUACUACUACUACUACUACUACUACUACUAAGGUAAUAUAAGUAAUUCUAGCUCUUCAUCACACACACACACACACACACACACACACACACACACACACACACACACACACACACACUUCCUUAUCUAUAGGCAACAUAUGAGGAAGGGACAGGUGCCGAGACCGUGUGUGGCAGAGCAGAGGAGAGGAAAGGACCCGCAGAAUCGAACGCCUCAGUGGACUGUUUGACUAUAAUCUCUGCAUUCUUACUAUAACAGCCGCCACCAGCCGCCAUCAGCCGCCAUUCCCCAGUUACUGUUCCUACUUAUAAUCCGCCAGGCACUGAGAACUCUUGCAUCCUAAGCUGUGUGCUGGAAGGGAGUGUAUGUGUGUGUGUGUGUGUAAGGGAGUCUUUCUAUGUAUGUUUGUGUGUGUGUAUAUGUAUGUCUGAGGGUCUUAUAUAUGUGUGUGUGUGAGGAAGAGCUAGAAUUACUUACAUAACCGUAGUAGUAGUAGUAGGCAAAGUUAAUAUUGAAUUGACUUUCUCUCUCUCUCUCUCUCUCUCUCUCUCUCUCUCUCUCUCUCUCUCUCUCUCUCUCUCUCACCCAC